CGAUGCGAAUAAAUGUACAGCCCUCCAUGCUUGACUGGACAAUAUUGUGACGUCACAAUACACUUUGCCAUUUGAUAUAUAAAGGACGACUCGCACCUGCUUACGGAAGAAUGAGUUAUCAAUUAUACAGAAACACAACUUUGGGACAUACUCUUCAAGAAAGUUUGGACGAUCUGAUUCAAUGCAGUCAAAUCACACCACAGUUAGCCCUUAAAGUUUUACUACAGUUUGACAAAGCAAUUAACAAUGCACUGGCAAAUAGAGUUAAAAACAGGAUACAGUUGAAGGGAAAGCUGAACACUUAUAGGUUCUGUGACAAUGUUUGGACAUUUGUUCUCAACAAUGUUGAGUUUCGUGAAGUGCAGGAGUUUGCAAAAUGUGACAAGGUGAAAAUAGUGGCCUGUGAUGGGAAAAAUGAAGUAAAACCCUGAUGUGAAAAAGAACCUUGGGAUUUUGGUAACCAAAAGGUCCAGAUUCUCAAGGUCAUGGAGAUUGACAUUAGAGACAGCAGAAUCAUGGACAUUUCAGACAGACAAACGACCAAGAUUUACCUUUAUUUGUAUAUUCAGGCAGCCAUUUUAGUUGCUUCAUACAAACAUUUUUCGAGAUUCAUAUUUGUAUCGUAGGUAGUUGUCAUCCAAAGGAUUUCUGUUGUAUUUUGUACAAAAAAAUUCAACUAUGUACAUAUCAAGCCAUUAUUUAUGAGAUCUAUUUUGAUAACAUUGUAAAAACAGCAAAUAAAAUUUGCAUAAAAUAA